AUGCUUCAGUCGGUCUUGUCCCCCAUCCCCACUUUCGCUAUGUCUGCUUUCGAGCUACAUGUAGGAGUGUGCAAACAAAUCCAAUCAGAACUAACACGCUUUUGGUGGGACUCUCCUGAUGGUAAGAAGAAAAUAUGCUGGAAGGCGUGGGAUCAACUCACUCUGCCAAAACAGCUAGAAGGGCUUGGAUUUAGGGAUAUCCAACUUUUCAACCAAGCUUUACUGGGUAAAAUUGCAUGGCGCCUCAUAACCAAACCGGACUGCUUGCUAGCAAAAGUACUGUUGGGCAAAUACUGCCACAAAACACCUUUCUUGAAGGCCACACAACCUCAAUCUUUUUCGCAUAGCUGGAAAGGGAUACUACACGGCAGAGACCUCCUCCUCACUCAUCUUGGUAAGACUAUAGGUGAUGGAGAAGACACCAAAGUCUGGACAGAUUCCUGGAUUCAUCCUAAGCUCGACGUUAAAGUCUUCAGACCAACACUCGAGAGGGAUCAGGAUCUGAUGGUGGCUGAUUUGCUGUCAAGAGAGACUAAGGAGUGGAAUAAAGCCAAGGUUGAUAACCUACUACCGGAACUCUCCUCUCUUAUUCUUUCCAUUCACCCUAGCAAAAAAGGUGUUCUGGACACCUACAUUUGGACACAACAAGAAUCAGGAGUCUAUACAGCUAAGUCGGGUUACUUCACAGCAAGAAUGGACAAGAUUCAAUCGACCUCACCACUCUUGAAUCUAGAACGCUGGAACUGGCAGAAGUUCGUCUGA